CAUUAACAUUUAUUAUAAGGUACAAUGAUUGCAGCUGGUGCAGGAGCCGCCGCAGCAGUUGCUGCAGCUCCUGCUAUUCUUGGACUGGCCGGUUUCACUGCAGGUGGAAUUGCUGCAAGUUCAAUUGCCUCCUCCAUGAUGUCAGCAGCCGCUGUGGCGAACGGAGGAGGAAUCGCUGCUGGAUCAGUGGUAGCGGGGCUUCAAGCAGCUGGUGCUGCUGGGAUCCCUGUUGCAGCUCAGGCUGUUAUAGGUGCCAUCGGAGGCACUCUGGGUGGUGCUUUGGGCGGAUCGUUUGUUUGUAGUGCAGGAGCUGCAGGUGCUGCAGCAAGUGAAGGCAUCGUGGGCAGUGUGGGAGCUGCCAUGAGCACAGCUGCCAGUUUAAUUGUGUGACAGGUUCAUACUGUAUCUGUGCCUGCCUGUUCAUUUAAAUGAUAUCAUUAUGAUAUCAUUUAACUAAUUCACAACCAUAAAUGUUGACAGUUACCACUUUAAGAAUAAUAAUUUUUUUUGAUUACUUUAAA